AUGGAACUAAUUCUCCGUGCUCUUCUCUGUAAUUACUUUCUAGCCGGGAUCGUGAGCACAUACACUCUGACGGACGAGAAGAAUCUACGCACAUCGUUGUUGACUGGGUAUGAUAAAGAGCUGAGGCCGGGAACAGACAGAACAUUUCCUCUUAGUGUACAGGCAGCCUUCUUUCUGUUCUCUAUCAACGAAUUUGAUCUGAACACAGGGAAACUAUCACUUACCGGUUUAUUCAAAAUCUCCUGGAUUGAUGAAAGGCUUUCCUGGAAUCCUGUCAUGUAUAACCAGACAAACGCAACUUCAUUCAAGCAAAAUAAAGUAUGGAUUCCGAAUUUUAUCAAUAUAAAUCCUUAUGAAGACAUAAAAGGACUUGGAAGUGAUUUGAUUUCAGUACGUGUGUCCUCUACCGGACACUGUGACUGGUUUGCCAUUCAAGGACUUGAGGUGAUAUGUGAUGCCGAUGUGACUAAAUUUCCUUUCGACUCUCAAUAUUGCACCAUGAAAUUCUUCAUAUGGGGUUAUCUACCACACGAAAUAGAUGUGCAAUUCAACUCGUCGGAAGCUUUUCUAACACUAUAUCAAGAAAAUGGCAUCUGGGAUAUUACGGAUUCAACUAGCCACACACAGCUUAACUUUUAUGGUUAUGAAGAAAUUGUUAUUGGCCUUCAACUGAAACGAAGAACAUCCUACUAUAUAGUUUUCUUGAUGUUACCAAAAAUAGCAUUGACUUCGUUGCUGGGUUUUGUUUUUCUUCUUCCACCCGAAUCUGGCGAGAGAGUGGGAUUAUCCACUACAGUUCUAUUAUCAAUUGUUUUAUAUCUAACACUCAUUCAAGAUAUGCUUCCUGAAUCUUCAGAACCAAGCGUGUCUCUCAUUGGUUACAUGUUGGUGAGCUAUGUUGUGAGUGGAGCCAUAUCAGUAAUUUGUGUAAUUUUCAGUUUAAGAUUUCAAAGCUCUUGCCAAAAGCCUGUGCCCGGAUUCAUUAUGAGUUUCGUCAAAUUUUGUCGUAAGAGAGAGAAAUCGCUUAACACGGUGGAAAUUUUUGAUUCAAAAUCUUUGGAAAUGGAUGAAAAUGAAGACAGUGUGACUUGGACUGAAGUUGGAAGGUUAUUUGACAAAACUUGUUUCGUCAUUUCAUUAAUUCAAUUAGCAUUAACGUCUACAAUUUUCUUUUCACUUGCAAUUUCUUAG